AGAAGGGGGGACUCUCCUGAUGGAGCUGGGAUGUACCGCCACAGGAUUGGUGGAUGGCUGCUCUCGGUGUGGCCCCAUGCCAAGCCCUUAUGUCUUUAUAUACUGUAAACAGAUGACCGGACAGUCCUGAGUGUGCAUCGCAUCCACUCUGCCUCUCUCCAUCUCCUCCAGCUCUUUCUCAAUCUUUAACUUCAGCAUCCAACAAGGGCUUCUUCUCCUCAGCUCUCAACCUUUUCUUAAACUCCAGCUAUCUCUUCUCCCCGGCUGUGAAAACAAUGGCCACGCCGAGCUUGCUCCUCACUUUAUCCGUGUGGCUCCUGGCUGGGAGCCUCUGCGCGGAGGCGACUUACUACCGGCACCACCGCUACGUCCCCCACUUCUACCGCUACCGGGAGCACUCCGCCAACGCGGAAAAUCUCCUCCCUGAGGUCUCCAACCCGGUGCCUGAAGUCUCGCAGCCCGGCGUGCCGACCUUCCCCGAGAUCCCCGAGGUGUUCCACCCGGUACCUGAAGUCAUCCACCCCAUACCCGAGGCUUUCCAUCCGGUGCCCGAAGUCGUGCAUCCGGCACCUGAGCCUUACUACCCAUCACCUGAGGUUUACCAGCCGGUGCCUGAAGCCUCCUCCCCUGUCAACAUGACCCGGGUUUUCUACGGGAUCAUGUUUGAUGCCGGUAGCACAGGCAGCAGGAUCCACAUCUAUAAGUUCAUCCAGAAAGACCCUGUCGAGCUGCCAGUUCUGGACAAUGAAAUGUACCAUGCAGUGAAGCCUGGACUGUCUGCUUAUAAGGACAACCCAGAGGAGGGUGGCAACACCAUCCGGCAGUUGCUAAAGAUUGCCAAGAAGACAGUGCCAGAGGAGGAUUGGAAGAGGACCCCAGUGGUCCUGAAGGCCACAGCGGGUCUGCGCCUGCUGCCUGAAGACAAGGCCAACGCUCUUCUGAAGGAGGUACAAGAUGUAUUUGAUGAGUCCCCUUUCUUCGUGCCAAACAACAGUGUUUCCAUCAUGAAUGGAGCAAAAGAAGGAGUCCUCGCCUGGGUCACAGUGAACUUCCUUACAGGUCACUUGUACACCAACACAAGGAAGACAGUGGGCAUCCUGGAUUUGGGUGGAGGAUCUACACAGAUCACAUUCCUUCCCAAGUCAAAGAAAACAGUUCAGUCCAGUCCUUCCAGUUACAUUGCCAAAUUCGAUCUCUUCAACCAUACAUAUCAGCUCUACACACACAGCUACCUUGGAAAUGGACUGUAUGCAGCUCGACUGGCAACUCUUGGAGCACUAGGAGCUGAUGGUCUAGAUUGGAAAGUCUUCACAAGUUCCUGCCUCCCGAAAAAGUUCAGAGAAGAUGUGACUUUUGGAGGAACCACCUACAAAGUUAGCGGGAUUCCAGACGGCUAUGCGGGCUAUAAACUGUGCUACUAUGAGGUGAUGAAGGUAAUCAAAGGAAUAUUCCACCAGCCUUAUGAAGUGAAGGGCAGCAGCGUCUUUUACGCUUUCUCUUACUACUACGACAGAGCUGUGGACACUGGCCUCAUCGAUGGCAGUCGAGGUGGUGCACUUGAAGUCAGGGAUUUUAAGAAGAGAGCCAAAGAAGUGUGCAACAAAAUGACCAAAUAUCGUGCUAUCAGCCCCUUCCUCUGCAUGGAUAUGACAUAUAUCACUUGUCUGCUAAAGGAGGGCUUUGGCUUCAAGGACAGUACUGUGCUGCAGCUAGCCAAGAAGGUGAACAAUGUGGAGACGAGCUGGGCGCUGGGGGCGACCUUCGACUACUUCAGAAACUUCAAUAUCCACUAAGGACAGCUCGCUGUCACUGCAGCCGGCACUGAGAGGGACAGUGUGUCACUGUGGGGCUUCCUUUCCUCCCUCCACCCUCGAUCAGCCCGUCCCCCUCGCAGACACACCCGGUCCCACAACGCCCCUCCUCUUAUCCUCAACCUCAGCACCCUUGCGAACACUCCGAGAACUGUUGAAAAAAUCACUAUAUUUUUUAUAAGGCCAGCUAUUUCUACUGUAUGUUGAGCUCAUGACUGGUGGGCUGACUUUAUUUUUUUGUAAAACGUUUACAUUUUUGAUUCCUUAUGGGUGUCUGAUCUGAAAUGUCUUUCUCACCUACCUGUUAAGUGUGUAGAGGUAAGUUAAGCAGUACAACCAGUCAUGGUAUUUUGGUGCUUACUGUGGUCCUGGUGUGCACUGUGCAGUACAGUGGAUUUAGAGACUAGUUGCUGGAAAUGCAACCAGUUGUCUUUCUAAAUGCUUAUAAAUCAAUCUUUUUAUUCUAGCAGUAAAUUACUUUACAGGACUCUAAUUAAUUUGCCCUUAGCCUUAGACAAAUUAGACAUAAUUGGAAACAGAGCAGUUGACUUCUUCAACUUUGCACAUAACACUUGCAGAUAUUGUAGCUAAGACAUGAUCAGUUGCUUUGAUGUUUCGAUGAAAACUUGUACAUAUAAGUAGUGUUGGAUUCAAUAUGACGGAGGGGGUCAGAGAAAGCGCUGUGGAGAGCUGCCUCUCAUAGACUCUCUUGUACAGCUGUUACAUGUUUGAGGUUAAUUCCUGUAUUUUAGAGUCCAGCCAUUAUUGUUUGUUGUGUCUAGAGUGGAAAAGACCCUAUCAAGCAUGGCUAAAUUGCAGGGCCCCUGUGUCUGAACUUUAUUUCAGACUAGCAAUAGAAAAACCUCUCAUCAAGGGUGGAUAGUGCACCCAUCAACAUAAUUUACAGCUAUUAAAUACAGCCAAAAAUGUUAACAGAAAUUAUGUAAAAAGUCUGAAACCCACGACCCACUUUGUUGCUGGUGGCUCAAAAACAUUGUCUGUUUGUCAUUUUUCUUGUGAACUGUACAAAUAUUUAAAUAACUAAGUUUAUCGUUUAAUGUAGAGUAUUUUAAUUACCCUCAUCCAAUAUUAACUCUUGAACUUUCUGUGUAACUGCUCUUUGCGCCGUGCCUUUGCUGUCUUUCCAGUAUUCAACAUGUUCAAUAACUACUGCUGUAUAUACAUAAUAUAAACUUUUAUUUGUAAAAUCUUUUGACAGGAAUUGCUUUUACAUUGCAAAAACUUAAUGCUGCACAUUUUCUCAGAAAUGCCUCUAUAUUCAUCAGUAUGAAUAACCUGAUGACUGACAAUAUGUAAAUUGUUGUUUAUUAAAUCCAGUGAAAUAAGUUUAUACUAUACAGUACGUUUUAAUAAAACAUAAAAAAAUG